UCUUUGUAAUUGUAAGGGCUUCAAAAGUUCCAAUCAAUGAAGGCGGGAUAUAAUUGUAUCCGUCCUUUCUGUUUCUCUCAGUCCUGAUCAAUAGAUAAGGAAAAUAAGAGAUGAAUGGAUUUGUUUUGGAGGUAGGCGCAUUGAUAAUUGUGAUGUUUUGCACGUGUCAAGCAGCCAGCAAACUCCAUCCUCUGGUCUUGGUACCCGGAAAUGGUGGAAACCAGAUUCAAGCACGGCUAACCAGUGACUACAAGCCUUCAAGCCUCAUCUGUAAACGUUGGUACCCAACUUCUAAGGACAAGAACGGCUGGUUCAGGUUAUGGUUCGAACCCAGUGUUUUAUUUGCUCCAUUCACUAAGUGCUUUGCAGAGCGCAUGAUGCUUUACUAUCACCCUGAUUUGGAUGAUUUUUAUAAUGCACCGGGUGUUGAAACUAGAGCCCCCAACUUCGGUUCCACUCAGUCUCUCCUCUACCUCGAUCCUAAUCUCAAGCAUGUCACAACAUAUAUGGCGCCUCUAGUGGAAUCUUUAGAAGGAAUAGGUUAUGUUGCUGGCGACAGCCUCUUUGGAGCUCCUUACGAUUUUCGUUACGGGUUAGCAGCGGAAGGUCAUCCAUCUCAUGUGGGCUCCAAAUUUUUGCAGGAUUUAAAAGCUUUGGUAGAAAAAGCAAGCACUUGUAAUGGUGGAAAACCAGUAAUACUUCUCUCCCACAGUUUAGGAGGGCUUUUUGUCCUACAACUUCUCAACAGAAACCCACUCUCUUGGCGCAAAAAAUUUAUCCAACACUUUGUUGCACUUUCUGCACCAUGGGGUGGCACUGUGGAACAAAUGCUCACUUUUGCCUCUGGGAAUACGCUAGGAGUGCCGCUUGUUGAUCCAUUGAUAGUGAGACAGGAGCAGAGGAGCUCUGAAAGCAACCUUUGGCUCUUGCCCAGUUCCAAAAUAUUUGGGUGUCAAAAUCCUCUUGUCAUCACCCCAAAUGCUACUUAUUCAGCUGCUGAUAUCCCAAAAUUUCUGUAUGACAUUGGAUUUCCUCAGGGGGUUCAUCCUUUUGAGACUCGUAUUUUGCCUUUGAUGGAAGAGUUAAUUGCGCCUGAGGUGCCAGUGACCUGCAUUAUUGGAAGUGGUGUGAGAACUACAGAAGCUUUGUUCUAUAAAACAAGUAGCUUCGAUGAGCGGCCUGAUGUUGUUUAUGGGGCUGGGGACGGGACAGUGAAUAUGGUUAGCUUGCUGGCUCUUGAGUCGCUGUGGGCUGAUAAGAAAAAUCAAUCCCUUAACGUAAUUAGUAUUGAUGAUGUUUCGCAUAAAUCAAUACUCAAAGAUCAUAUUGCCCUUGAAAGAAUAAUAGGUCAGAUUUCUGAAAUUAAUUCUCAAAUUAGGAGUAAAGUUAUGUAGAGAACAUGUAGCUAGCUGGACACAAACGCCAUUAAAAGUAUCUCAAGAACUAUUUUUUUAGUCCGGCUGUGGUGUUAUUUCUUAUUUAAAUGAAUGUAUCAUGAGUUGUAUGAACAGCUAAUUAAAGGCAGUGAACAUGGUUAGCAUUUUGGGUC